AUGGCAGCGGCACCUCUGAAAGUGUGCAUCGUGGGCUCGGGGAACUGGGGUUCAGCUGUUGCAAAAAUAAUUGGUAAUAAUGUCAAGAAACUACAGAAGUUUGCCUCCACAGUCAAGAUGUGGGUCUUUGAGGAAACAGUGAAUGGGAGAAAACUGAAUCAUAGUGACCAUGAAAAUGUCAAAUAUCUCCCUGGACACAAGCUGCCAGAAAAUGUGGUCGCCGUCUCCAAUCUCAGCGAGGCUGUGCAUGAUGCAGACCUGCUGGUGUUUGUCAUCCCCCACCAGUUCAUUCACAAAAUCUGCGAUGAGAUCACUGGCAGAGUACCCAAGAAAGCACUGGGGAUCACCCUCAUCAAGGGCAUAGACGAGGGACCCGAGGGACUGAAACUCAUUUCUGACAUCAUCCGGGAGAAGAUGGGCAUUGACAUCAGUGUGCUGAUGGGCGCCAACAUUGCCAGCGAGGUGGCUGCGGAGAAGUUCUGUGAGACCACCAUUGGCAGCAAAGUCAUGGAGAACGGCCUUCUCUUCAAAGAACUUCUGCAAACCCCCAAUUUCCGAAUAACUGUGGUUGAUGAUGCAGACACGGUUGAACUUUGUGGUGCUCUUAAGAACAUUGUGGCCGUGGGAGCUGGGUUCUGCGAUGGCCUCCGCUGUGGAGACAACACCAAAGCCGCCGUCAUCCGCCUGGGCCUCAUGGAAAUGAUCGCUUUCGCCAGGAUCUUCUGCAAGGGCCAGGUGUCCACAGCCACCUUCCUGGAGAGCUGUGGGGUGGCUGACCUGAUAACCACCUGCUACGGAGGGCGGAACCGCAGGGUGGCAGAGGCAUUCGCCAGAACCGGGAAGACCAUUGAAGAAUUGGAGAAGGAGAUGCUGAAUGGGCAGAAGCUCCAAGGACCUCAGACUUCUGCUGAAGUAUACCGCAUCCUCAAACAGAAGGGACUCAUGGAUAAGUUUCCAUUGUUUACUGCCGUGUAUCAGAUCUGCUACGAAGGCCGACCUGUCUCAGAGAUGCUGUCCUGUCUCCAGAGCCAUCCAGAGCACAUCUAACGGGAAUCACAUAACGGGCUGGGGAAAGUCCUGCCUCUCCUAUCAGUCUUUUGGGUUC